AUGUCUAAAACUCAGGAGGAAGCUCUAAGGAGAGAGCUCACUGAGUUGGGGAGUGUGGUAAGAACAUUUGCUAAUAAGCAUGAUGGGGUAGAACAGACUGUGAGGGCAAUAGAGCAUAGGCAGGAGAGCACGGACAGAGCUAUCAAAAACUUAGACCAAAAAUAUGAAGGUAUGAUGAACAUGAUGGCCCAAAUUAUGUCCAAAUUGAACGAUAAAGGGAAGGAGGUAGGGGACAGCCACUCAGGAAAUGGCCAGAUCAUAGAGGGAGUUAAGGAGAAAUGUGCAGGGAAGGGAGGAUCCAGACUGCCUAGGAUGGAAUUCCCUGUGUUUGAUGGGACCAAUCCUAGGGAAUGGGUGAGGAGAGCUAAUAAAUAUUUCCAGAUAUAUGAAGUAGAGGAAGAAAUGAAAACUGAUAUCGCUCAACUCUACCUCAAGGAUAGAGCAGACAUCUGGUUUCAUGGGAUGUAUUCUGAAAGAGGAGCAGUUCCAUGGAGAGAGCUGUCCUUAGCAAUCCGUGAGAGAUUUGGAGAGGGAGAUCCACAGGAGGCCAUCGAGGAGUUCAACAAACUGGUGCAAACAGGCAGCAUAGCAGACUAUCUGGAAAAAUUUGAGAUGCUGAAAUCACUGGUAAUGAUCUCACUCCCUGGACAACCUGAUUCUUAUUAUAAAUCCUGUUUCCUUAGUGGCCUUAAGGAGGAAGUUGUCAACAUGGUCAGAAUGACCAAACCACUGACAUUGGCGGAUGCCAUUGAGACUGCUAAGCUACAGGAGAAGAACCUAGAAGCCAUCAGGAAAGCACAGAGUAGGGGCAUACAGAAAACUCCCUUGCCACCAUUGUCACACACCACUAAUUUCUCCAACAAAAUGAAAUGGCCUAACAACCAGAGACCAGAUCCCCAUACCAACAAAAGUACCAAACUAGGAGGACCAUCAACCAAUUACUACAAGGGAAUUACCCCAUCUGAGUUUAGCUAUAGAAGGGAGAAGGGGUUGUGUUUUAAGUGUGCUGAACCUUAUACCUUAGGACACACCUGCAAACAGGCUCAUAUUCACUACAUAAUGGAGGAUGAGUCUACUGAACCUAUCAUUCCAAUAGAAGGGCAAGGGGAGGGUGCUGAGGAGUGUGCUGACUGUCCAGAAGGUGGUAACCUCAGAGAAAACAUUGAGGUCUCCAUUCAUGCUUUAGCAGGGGGCAAUGAACACAAAACCAUCAAAAUGAGGGGAAAACUUGCAGGAAGGGAGCUACUGGUACUUAUUGACAGUGGCAGCACCCACUGCUUCAUGGAUGAAAGUUUGGCACAGGAUCUGAAGAUGCAGACUGCAGGUACAACCUUGAUUGUUAAAGUGGCUAAUGGAGAGAGGCUGGAAUCCAGGCAACUCCUACAGGAGGUAGGUUGGGAGAUGCAGGGACACAACUUCCUUCACAACUUCAACACACUCAAACUAGGCAGUUGUGACCUGAUUCUUGGAGUGGACUGGUUGGCCAAACACAGCCCCAUCGAAUUUGACUUCCAGCAGCUAACUAUGAAGUUUUUGAAAGAAAAAGAGCCAGUAAUACUAAAAGGGGAGGCAGAGAAGCUGAAGUUGAAGGCCAUUAAGGGAAGCAGGCUUGCCAAAUGGAAAAGGAAGCAGAACUAUGGAAUCACUGCUCAAAUCUACAUGGUAGAAGAAGGAGGAGGAGACCAGGGGCAGAUUCCAACAGAAAUGAGAGAGCUACUGGUGCAGUUUGAGUCCAUUUUUGAUGAGCCACAGGGCAUGCCACCAGUCAGAAGCCAUGAUCAUGCCAUCCAAAUAAAGGAAGGAGCAACACCUUUCAAGAACAGGCCAUACAGAUGUCCUUAUGUGCAGAAGGCUGAGAUAGAGAAGCUGGUCAAAGAAAUGUUACAGAUGGGAAUUAUUCAAACCAGCAACAGCUCUUUUGCAUCCCCAGUCCUACUGGUGAAAAAGAAGGAUGGUAGCUGGAGAUUUUGUGUUGAUUACAGGUAG